AUGUUGGCUUCAGGGCACACUUGGCCACCAGUGUUCAAGGAGGAGGCUGAGCGCGACGGAGAAAGAGGAGGAGGCACGAGGGGUGAGGAGCUUGGCUGUUUCUGUCACCGAGGCCGUGCAAGGACCGGGCCGGGCGACGAGUUGGCUGAGCUGCUGUGGGACCACGGCCCGGCGCCCGCACCGCCGCCGUUCCAGCCCUUCACCUGCAGCGCCGCCGGCAGCAGCAGGUCCCAGGAGCUCAAGCGCCACGCCGCGGACGCCACCAAGGCGGCAGCGUUCGUGACCCCCGUCGUCCCCGUCCCGCUGGGCAUGCACGGCGCCGGAGCCGGGCUCGGCCUCGGCGGCCUCCCCGUCCACGACGACGAAGACGACGCCGUGCCGUGGCUGCAUUGCCCCUGUCGUCGACGACGGCGACGGCGACACGGCGCCGCUGCCCCGGAGUACUUCGCCAGCCUGCUGUCCGAGUACUCGGAGGCGGCCACGGCGCCAGCGGCGGCCUCUCAUGCCGCGGCCGUCGUCCUGGCGGCGCCGCCUCCGCCAGAGGCCGGCGCGGCCAACAAGCUGGCCCCCGCCGAGCGCCGCCGGCGGAGGAGGACCUGGACGACGAGCCCGAAGCGACGAGGAGGUCGGCGGCGCGGGAGCGCCAAGCGCAGCCGCACCGCCGAGGGGCACAACCUGUCGGAGAGGAGGAGACGGGACCGGAUCAACGAGAAGAUGCGCGCCCUGCAGGAGCUCAUCCCCAACUGCAACAAGAUCGACAAGGCGUCGAUGCUGGAGGAAGCGAUCGAGUACCCUCAAGACGCUGCAGCUACAGGUGCAGAUGAUGUCGAUGGGGACCGGGCUGUUCAUGCUGCCGGCGAUGCUGCUGCCGGCGAUGCACCAGCACCUGCAGGCGCUGCACCACCACCCCAUGGCGCACGCGCACGCGCACUUCCCGCACCUCGGCAUGGGGCUAGGCUUCAGCAUGGGCGCCGCCGCUGCGGGUUCGACAUGCUCCCGCGCGCAGUCGCGGCCGGCGCGCACUUCCCGUGCACGCCGAUGGCAAUGCCGCCGUCGGGGGCCAUGUUCGGCGUGCCGGGGCAGGGGAUGCCUCGCUGA